AUGGCCAACUCCGGCCUCCAGCUCCUGGGCUACUUCCUAGCCCUGGGUGGCUGGGUGGGCAUCAUCGCCAGCACUGCCCUGCCACAGUGGAAGCAGUCCUCCUAUGCAGGCGACGCCAUCAUCACUGCCGUGGGCCUCUACGAAGGGCUGUGGAUGUCUUGCGCUUCUCAGAGCACGGGGCAGGUGCAAUGCAAGCUCUAUGAUUCGCUUCUGGCCCUGGACGGUCACAUCCAGUCAGCGAGAGCCCUGAUGGUCGUGGCAGUGCUGCUGGGCUUUGUGGCCAUGGUGCUCAGUGUCGUGGGUAUGAAGUGCACUCGGGUUGGAGACAGUAACCCCAUUGCCAAGGGCCGUGUGGCCAUCUCCGGGGGUGUCCUCUUCCUCUUGGCAGGUCUCUGUACCUUGACCGCUGUCUCGUGGUAUGCUACCCUGGUGACCCAGGAAUUCUUCAACCCCAGCACUCCUGUCAACGCCAGGUAUGAAUUUGGUCCAGCUCUGUUUGUCGGCUGGGCCUCUGCUGGCCUGGCCAUGCUGGGGGGCUCCUUUCUUUGCUGCACAUGUCCAGAGCCGGAGAGAGUCAACAGCAUCCCACAGCCUUAUCGCUCUGGACCCUCAACUGCUGCCCGAGAACCGGUUGUUAAAUUGCCCGCCUCCAUCAAGGGCCCCCUGGGUGUGUAA